AUUAUAAAAAGUUAUUGUUGUUAUUUUUUUUAAUUGUAUUAUCUAGUGUUUUGUAUCCGUGAGGACCUAUAAUUGACCAUUUGUUUUACAUAUGUGGCGCUAUUUUUUGUAAACGGUUGUUGGUCUUCCAAAUAAAUAAAUAAAUAAAAAUACAAUUUAAGCCAUGCUUCCAUAUUAUUAAAUAAAUAAUAUCUAAAAGUUUACCUUGUAAACUUUAGUGUAGGUAUUAGGUAUUACCUACCUAGGUGUAGGUUCUUCGUAAAUUUGUGAUUUUGUAGUUCCAAUAGGAAAAUAAGUACUUUUAUAAUUUUAUUGUUAUUUAUUGGAUAAAUUAAUUUGCCCUAAGUUUAAAUCAUAAGUAUUUAGCUAAUGUAAAAAGUGAAAUCCCCAGAAUAUCAUAAUGAAAAAGACUUAUGAUCUGCUUAGCUUGAUUCAAUUUAUAAUUAUUUCCCUAUAAAAUAUGAUAUCUUUGCUAAGAGAACAGUAAACAUAACAAAACUCGGCCCAUGAAAUAAAAUGUAUCAUUUUACUGAAAAACAUAAAAAGAUAUAAUAUCACAAGCGUAUCACAAGGUUUCAGUGCAAAUGGUCAAGAAACGCGUAGGCCACCCGCCCACUAAGUUUUCCCCGCCAAUAGCGGCGCGGUAGGGCGGAGUUACACUUUAUGCGCCGGGUUUUAAAUCUGAAAUUCGUUUUACGCUUGUCAAUCGCUGAAAAGAUGUUUCAGGGGGAACAUGAGUGCGUUUUAAUGAUUGUGAGUAAAACUUAGUGAUUUUUUUAAACUGUCGUGAUGCAAAGUGAAAGUAGUGAGACGGAGAGUGGGUCUGGUCGGAAGGCGUUGAGGACACCGAAGUGUGCGCGAUGCAGGAAUCAUGGGGUGAUCUCUUGCCUGAAAGGGCACAAGAGGUUGUGUCGCUGGAGAGACUGCCGUUGCCCGGGCUGUUUGCUGGUCUUGGAGAGGCAGAGGGUCAUGGCUGCUCAGGUCGCCCUCCGGAGACAACAAGGUGCGGGCAAUACGGAGUCGCGGGACGGCGAGGCGGCGGCGCUAGCGGCUCGCAAGCGGGCCUACCGUGCGCGUCUGCGUUGCAUGCAGCUGGCGAAGGCCUAUCCGCAGCCGCCGCAGUAUGGUAACGUGAGGCUCCUGAACGGCGACCCGUCAUGGACGGAGCGUGUGCGACGCCGCAGGGCUUUCGCAGACGCCGAGCUAGACCGCGGAGCUGCGCCACCGACGCCCCCCGCGCUCCCCGACGCGGCCGUGCCCCCCGCAGUCUUCUGCAGACAUCUGUUAGCAGCCCUUCUGACUAACUACGCCCCCGUACCCCCGCAACCCCCGCGGACCCAGAAGUUAUCCUUUUCUAUAGAAUCUAUUAUAGGUGUCCAAUAAGCGAUGGUUAAUUAUGUUCGUAUGUUACUAAAAUAUUUAUUUUUUUCAUUUAAAGAUGUUUUUCAAUGAGAAUAUAAGCUCUCUUGAAGAGGUAUCGCAUAUGAGCGUGUUAAAGUUUGGUUACUGAUAAGAGUGCCAGUUGAAUCUAAAAUUUUAAUGCUGCGAAACUGCUAAACAAAGUAAAAAUAUACUAACUUAUUAUAAUUUAUUUUGUACAAUAAGACGAAAGCCAAAGCGAAAUUAUCGUCUAUUAUUAAACAUGUUUUGAAAAAGAAUUUAAUUUCUUAUAGACAGGCACUAGUUGAGC